AUGCUUUUGAAUCUGCUCACCAUCUCGGCUCUCGUUGGCUUGACAGCCUGUGGAGCUUACCAAAGCAACGAUAACUAUGCUGCUGCUGCAAAUCCUGGAUAUGCUGCAUACUAUCAACCACCACGUCACUAUCGACGAGACCAUUGGCGUAAGAGGAGCAGUAGCGAGAGUGAUGAGAAAUGGGACUGUAAGCGUAUCGGUGUUUUCAAUGUGAGCAACGCAAACGCUCCGUUGUUCUUUGCUCCAAAAAUUGCCUACUACACCAAAGACGGAAAAGAGAAAGCUAUUGUUGUAUGCCCAAAUCCACAAAUCCAGCUUCUUGUGGGAAAAUCGAGAAACGCCAAUAAGGACACUUUAAUACCCGCCGAUAAAAUCUUGGACUAUCCAUUAAUUUCUGUUAGUAGCAAGUCAGGUCUCACUUUGGACUGCAAGGAGCGUAAGCACAGAUAUGAAGCAUUCAAUCUUCUGACGGGGAAAAAUGUACCACUUGAAGCUGUUGCUUGCAUCACCGCAACUCCAGCAGAUACUAUGUCUGUGGCUGGUUUCAUCAUUGCUGCUCUUCAGGACGGUGGAUUUAAUGUCGGAGAAUUGCCAUCUACUGAUUAA